CCCGCGGCAGCCAUUUCCAACGAGCUGGCGGGGGCGAAAGAUGGCGACGCCCGUCGGGUGGUCGCAGGGCGGGUCAGGGUCGGUGUGUCUCGCCUUUGAUCAACUGCGGGACGUGAUUGAGUCUCAGGAGGAACUGAUCCACCAGCUGAGGAACGUGAUGAUUCUCCAGGAUGAAAAUUUUGUCAGUAAAGAAGAGUUCCAGGCAGUGGAGAAAAAGCUGGUGGAAGAGAAAGCAGCCCAUGCCAAGACCAAGGUUCUCCUGGCCAAGGAAGAGGAGAAGUUGCAGUUUGCCCUCGGAGAGGUAGAGGUGCUGUCUAAACAGCUGGAGAAAGAGAAGCUGGCCUUUGAGAAGGCGCUCUCCAGUGUCAAGAGCAGAGCCCUGCAGGAGUCCAGCAAGAAGGACCAGCUCAUCACCAAGUGCAAUGAAAUUGAGUCUCACAUUAUAAAGCAAGAAGAUAUACUUAAUGGCAAAGAGAAUGAGAUUAAGGAGUUGCAGCAAGUUAUCAGCCAGCAGAAAGAGAUCUUCAGCCGGCUCCAUUGCAGGAAUCGCAUGUCUGACUUCCGGAUCCAGAAGCAGCAAGAGAACUACAUGGCCCAAGUGCUGGACCAGAAGCAUAAGAAAGCCUCGGGGACGCGUCAGGCCCGGAGCCGCCAGCGUCCCAGGGAAAAAUAAAAUGGUUGCCACCUUCCUGUUAUCUGGCUGUAAUGCCCAACCUCUGCCUUCUCUGCUUUGGAGGUCCCCAUCCUGACCCUUCCUGUCCCUGUGGGUACUUCCCUCAGGCCUCACAGUGGCCUGGACACCAGGGAAGAGGCAGGGUAAAAGGCAAGACACCCCUUCCUUCCUCCCUGCCUGCCUUUUGGACCACCACCUGCCAGGCCAUACCUGUGCUCAGAAGUCUGAGGAUGCACCUUGACAAGUCUCCAGACCCUGCUACUCCCCUGGCUUCCUCCCUUGGGUGAUAGUGGGGACUAUGGGGGUACGGGGUUGUAGCCUAGAGAAGGACUACUUGGUUGUCUAGUAGGCACUAUCCCUUCUUACUCUUGGUAUUAAAAGUCUUUCCUAUAUAAACAGCCCUGGUUACCCCAGCACCCUUGUGAAUUUAACUCCAGAUUUGAAGGGCUAAGUGUGUGUGUGCUGUGUUAUGUGUCUGAGAAGCCCCAACUGGAGAGUUCAAAGAUGGUGGGUUCCAGGACCACAGUGAAUUUGGGAAAUCAGUUUCCAUCACAUAACAAGGUUAUACCUGUGAAUCACCUUUGCAUCUUCUUACACAUCUCCCGAACAGAAGCUUAUAUGCAUAAAUGGAGGAAGAGGAAAAGACUACUAUGGUGGUGGU